AUACAGAGGAACUGGGUUCCCACUUAAGUGCUCAAACUCCUGCUUGAGUGCAGUGAAUAAAAGCCUUUGUCUUAGCUGCCAAAGUCCCUCAGCCAAAACUCUCCAAGUUUCCAGCCUUCUGUCUAAAGCCACGUUAGUAAUUAUCUUUAUUGCUAUAAUAAGCCCCCACCUGUACAUUUUUCUGACAAUUAUCAAUGCCGUAAGCUGGGAAUUACAGCUGGGAUGAGCUGCACCACCCUGACAGCUGAAGGCAGGACUGUCCCUUCCGAGCGAGAGCAGUCCCUUUGCCAGCUCAUCACUCGUCCCUUCUCUGUGGGGCCUUUCUGAAAGGGCUCAAAAUGCACAUCCACCUUCACUAAUGCUGUCGCUUAUCCUGGCGAAGCACUGUCCCUCAGAUCCACUUUUCUCUUGCACCGAACAAGGGCUGUCCAGGACAGCAAACAGACCUCUCCCGUAGUCACAGGAGAAAAAGCAGCCAGCUUUCCUAGCUAUGCAAAGAGCUCUGUCGAUUGCAUCAAGAGAAGGGGGGAAAUUGCAUGAAGGAUGGACUAAGGACUUAAUAUUCACUACUGAUUAUAGGCGUAAAGCAUUGUUCACUCUUUUUUAAUAAGAGAUUUUGCGAAGGAAUUGUCUUCGCUCCUCCGGCACAGCCACAGCUCUGUGGGGCCCUUUGCUUCCCCCUGCUGACACUGUGGAGCCGCCCGGGUGGGCUGUGGCUGCAGCCAGCCGUGGGAGUGGGGAAACGAAGGAGGAUCGGCUCCGACGGCAAGAGCUCCUGCAUCCCACAUCCCUCAUCCUACAUCCCACAUCCCUCAUCCUACAUCCCUCAUCCCACAUCCUGCACCCCACAUCCCGCAUCUCUCAUCCCGCACCCCACAGCCUCUCCAGCUGCCAAGAGGUGCACGAGCAGGAGACGAGGAGGAAGAAAAGCACCUGAAAGCCCUCACCACACCUCAUCCCGACGGGCAGGGUCCCAGCACGCUCUCCCUCCUGGCUUCUGCCCAAGGCUGGAUUUUGUGGCUCCCCAGCCCCAUCUCCCAGGAGUGCCGGUGAAGGGGUUCGGGUCCCGCGGAGCUCGCAGACACCCCAAAAGGUGCUUCACGAUGCCGGCCGGCCUGGAGAAAGCUUGUCACCGGUGCAUCUCCAAAAUUGCCAGCAAUGCAUGCUUUAUAUUCGGGCUCCUUGCUUUCCUUGCCUUGCCGUUGUCCAUGACUUUCACAGGAAUGAAGUUUUUGGAAGACUGCCCAGUUCAGCCACUAAUUCCAUUAUAUCUGCUGGUGGGUGGCGUGAUUGGCAGCUUAAAGGUGACCCUUCUGCUGUACGACUCCACCAGGAUGAGGCAGCUGCUUUCCAAGUCUGUUGUGAUCGAUGACGACGACGACGACGAAUAUCCCUGGAGGCAGAACGCUCACAAAUACUACAUCCACCUAACCCUCAGCCUCUUCCUCUUCCUCUGGUUCAUUCUUGGGAACUACUGGGUUUUCUCCGUGUACCUGCCAAAUUUCAUCCCACCUUUCCACCAGCCUCAGGAUUACUGUGACAAAACCCUGUACAUUUUUGCUGUUGGUGUGCUCAUUAUCAGCCAUACCGUGCUCUUUCUCCUUAUCUUUUGUAGCUGCUGCAUAUACUGUGUUUCCAGGCAAAGAUACUCUUCUGAGGAAGACUAAAUGCCACAGAAAUUAAGCUCCAGAUGUUUGGGAAAGGGUGUACAAUGAAGAAAAGGCAAUAACUCACCCUUGUGUGUAUCUUUGUUGUACUAUAGAUAUGUAUUUUAGCAGUCAACUGCAAGAGGAAAUUGUAAAAUACAUUCCAGUGCCAUCUGGAAAUAGCUGAGCUGGAAUACAGCACAUUCGAUGUAAAAUUGCUGCUACAGAUGCCAGGGUGCACUCUUGCUCACUUCUCUAUCUCUUUUUAAACUCUUGGAUUUUCUAUUUGCAGUGUCAAGCUCUGCAGUAAGCCCUUGCAGAUGACGAGCUCCUCUAAAACCAGGUCCCCUUGUGUUAUUGCAGCAUAGCACAUCUUUGCCUGUUACAGUAGCCGUGCUGUCCUCUUUCCUGGGACCUGAACACCUCCGUAGCCUUGCUGUUACUGUCCCUGCAUCAAAGAUGAAGGGGCUGAGGCACAAAAGAUGAAGGGCUGUAUUCAGACUGCCUUGCAUGGCAUGUGGACUGUGACAGGAACUUAGAUGGCCACCAGAAAGCUUCUUGGGCCAGUGUUAGACCAGCCAAGGAGUAGCUGUGAUAGCAAUAUGAGCAUGUAUAAAAGGCAGCCUGAAUAUGGCCCCAAGAUCUCUCCUGAACCUGGAUUAGAAAGCAUCUGCAUCUAUCUUUGGUGCUAAAGCAGGUGGUCUGAAUAUAUCCACACAUAUCCAAUACAUCCAAACUGAGCCAAGGCCACAGUGCAAGUCUUUGGCAGAACGAGAAACUGAGCUACUGAGUAGCAGCUCAGCAUUCCUCAGCUUGGGGAGACUCCUCUUUCUCCACUUUUUGUAUAACAGCAACGUGUCAGUACCACAGCAACACAAAGAUGCUUGCCAAGCCAUUGUGAUUAAGUUCACAGAAAACCUGGUGACGUUAUGCUGGUAUUUUCACUUUAUGAUAAUGAGACACGGGCAGGGAUGUGAGAGGUUCAGGUGGACGUGCUUCCUACAGCAGUUCUCUGGUUGUGGCGUGAGUGUACGUUUGAUUUGUUCACCGUGGUGCUGUACUUAUGGAAAUCUGUACUCAAUGGGCAGACGUCGUGAACACAGCUUGUAAGUCAACAGCAGUGUCAGCUCUAAAAGCAUCGGCAUGCACAGAGACAAUUGUUUUGUGACAUGAAAUGGAACAAGCCCAUAA